AUUAUUGCGUCCAUAAUCACGCACUUCCAAUAAUAUAGCAAUAUUCAAUAUAUCAACAUAAAAAUAUAUUAACCACGAGGCGUCGGACAAUCAAUCGUUCUCGCAAAUGAAUAGACAUGCAUGGGCAAGUCGUACGAUACACACGUGUUCCGUGACGUCAUCUUCCGGUGACGUCACGAGAACAUACCAGAUUUUUCUAGAAACCCUUUUUAAAAGUAUAUAAAUUCCGUCGAAAUAUUCGAGCAGGUAGCAUCUCAGUAUCGUACGAUGAGCUCCACGUGCAGCUUACAAUAAUCGAGAACGCGCAGUACCCGUGUAUAAGUAAUCCAGGAGCUGGAUUUCACAGGCUCCGUCACCACGUGGCCAUAACGGCGACGCACUCAAUCGAUUAUUUCAAAACAUUUAAUUGGGAAGCGAACGCGCCCCCAAAUGCGAACAAGUGUACAUAAAAAAGGUGUAGUAUUAAUAAAUUCAAAUAAACUAUUACAUACAAACGCGAAACCACGCAGUGAGGAGUAAUUUCACCACCCCGACAAAACAUAAUAAUAGCAGUCUCUAUUAUAAGUGUUUACAUUUUCUGUGUAAUAUUUGGUGAUAUUAUUAUUAGAAGUGCAAGAAAAUGCAGAAUUGUGAUAAUAAUGCAAGUUCGAGCCAAUUAUCUGUCCCGUUACUUUAUUCAGUUGUAAAAUUUAAUGCUGAAUACGAAGAUGAUGAAACAUAUUCUGUGAUCCCAAGUAUAUGGCUAAAAGAACAUGAUAAAUAUUCUUAUUGGCCGAAAAAGGACACACGGAAUUGUAUCAUAAAACGUAAAAGACCACAAAAUGAUUGGAAUAUUUACCCGGCGACACCCGGUUACUGUACUUGCUACAUACGAUUUUUAUAGAUUUAUAUGAACAUGCUCUCCAGAAAAAAAGCGAUUAAUGGAAGAAAAAAGCAAUACCGAAUCGGAAUCUCAAUUAGAUCGUGGAUUUAGAAAGAAAGUUUCACAUUGCAUUUCAAGAAAAAGUGAUAAUUCCAGUAAUUCAAGUAAAAAUGAAAAAGAUUCUAGCGAGUCUAAUGAUUCCAUUCCUGAAUUGAAUAAAAACUUACACAAACAAGAUGACAUUAAUGAAAAUAUUGAUGAUAAUAAUUCACAAACCUUAGACAUUGAUGAAAUUCCUAUUUUUAUACAAGCAGAAGACAAUGUUCUUAUAGAAGAUAUUCCUACGGAUAAUAAUACAAGACACAGCGAUAAGACCUCUUUGGGCUUGGUGGAUGGUCUGGAUCGCGCUGAAACUCAGAAUCGUCGCACCGCUGCGUUAAUCACAAUCACACUCAACAAGUCAACACCGUUCGAGUACACCGGUACUAUCAGAAUCGUUCUGCCGGAACAGCGGCAGCAGAUAUGGCACUGCCGAAAGCUUUCUCGCGUAAUUUAAAUAUAAUAUCAAUAUAAUAGAUCUGUAUUGCGCAAUACAAAUAUUAUAUAAAAUAUUAUAUAAUAUCAAUAUAACUUCAAUAUAAAAUCCGUUAUAUAAGUGUUGUUAUGUUACUAUUAUUUCAAUAUUGCGAGUAAAUAACAAAAAAAUGUAAAAAUUAAUAUAAAACCGUUAUAUUGUACUCAGAUAACAAUCUAGAUUGUAUUAACAUGAUUGUAAGGUAACAUCUGUUAUCUCACAUGUUACUUCUGUACAAUGUUGCGUCUAUAUUCUGUGUUUGCUGGGAUUAUAUAACAGUACGUUACUAAACAAAUGAUAUCAUAAAUAAUUACUAGAAUUCGUCAGCU